UAGGCGGGGCGGUUCCAUCCGGGGCCUCGGAGCCUGGUCACUGUGGGAAGGGAAGGGAAGGAAGAGCGGCUCCAUCCGGGUCUUAGCGAUGCUGUCCUGACAGGAAUCCUACCAGGGAGGGGCUGAGUUCGAGGGAAAUCAGCUGCCUGAGGAGAAACAGAGCCGGCCGCAGACAGAUUGCGGAACCUGCUGCGCCCAGGCCCGCGGCUCACGCGCGCAGGCUUCCUGAAACUCUAAGCAAUGGAUGAAGACGCAAAUCAAAUGCAGCCCUUGAAUGACAAGCAGGUGCCGAACUCUGAAGGUGGAUAUGUAUGGCAGGUCACCGAUAUAAAUCGACUCCACCGUUUCUUAUGUUUUGGUUCAGAAGGUGGUACAUACUACAUCAAGGAGCAGAAACUGGGCUUUGAAAAUGCUGAAGUUUUAAUAAGACUGAUUGAAGAUGGUAAAGGUUGUGAUGUGGUACAGGAAAUAAAGACAUUCAGCCAGGAAGGCAGGGCAGCAAAACAGGAGCCCAUGCUUUUUGCUCUUGCAAUUUGUUCACAGUGCUCUGAUGCAAAAACAAAACAAGCAGCAUUUAAGGCUGUUUCUGAAGUCUGCCGCAUACCAACUCAUCUGUUUACUUUCAUCCAGUUUAAAAAGGAUCUGAAGGAGGGCAUGAAGUGUGGCAUGUGGGGCCGUGCCCUGAGAAAAGCUGUUGCAGACUGGUACAAUGGAAAGAAUGGCCUGGCGGUUGCUUUAGCAGUUACAAAAUAUAAACAAAGAAAUGGUUGGUCUCAUAAAGAUCUACUGAGGUUGUCCCACCUAAAACCUGCCAGUGAAGGACUCGCUGUAGUUACUAAGUAUAUCACCAAGGGGUGGAAGGAAGUCCAAGAGGCAUAUAAAGACAAGGAAUUUUCUUCUGAGACUGAAAAAUUGUUAAAAUAUCUGGAGGCUGUGGAGAAAGUGAAACGUACGAAAGAUGAAUUGGAAGUUAUUCAUUUGAUAGAAGAGUAUAGGUUAGUUAGGGAGCAUCUCCAAACAAACCAUUUGAAAUCUAAAGAGGUGUGGAAGGCAUUGUUGCAGGAGAUGCCCAUUACAGCAAUGUUGAGGAAUCUAGGAAAGAUGACUGCAAAUUCAGUACUUGAACCAGCAAGCCCAGAAGUAGCAAUAGUGUGUGAAAGACUGAGAAAUGAGAAACUGUUAAAAAAGGCUCGAAUACAUCCAUUCCAUGUUUUGGUUGCAUUAGAAACCUACAAAGCAGGACAUGGAAACCGGGGAAAACUUCGGUGGCUUCCUGAUAAAGACAUUUUAGAAGCUCUUGAUGUCUCUUUUUACAAAACAUUCAAGACAGUGGAACCAACAGGGAAGCGUUUCUUGCUUGCAGUUGAUGUCAGUGCUUCCAUGACACAAAGAGUUUUGGGCAGUGUGCUCAAUGCUAGUACAGUUGCUGCAGCAAUGUGUAUGGUUGUUGCACGCACAGAGAAAGAUUCCAAUAUUGUUGCCUUUUCGCAUGAAAUGGUCCCCUGUCCAGUGACAAAAGACAUGACAUUACCUCAAGUAUUACUGAAAAUGUCUGAAAUUCCAAUGGGUGGCACUGAUUGUUCUCUUCCAAUGAUAUGGGCUCAAAAAACACACACAGCUGCUGAUGUCUUUAUUGUGUUCACUGAUAAUGAGACCUUUGCUGGAAAUAUUCAUCCUGCAGUUGCUCUGAAGGAGUACAGGGAGAAAAUGGGUAUUCCAGCUAAACUGAUCGUUUGUGGAAUGACAUCAAAUGGCUUUACCAUAGCAGACCCAGAUGAUAGAGGGAUGUUGGAUAUAUGUGGCUUUGACACAGGAGCUCUAGAUGUCAUUCGCAACUUCACUUUGGAUUUGAUUUAAUCUGUGAGCACCUGUUAUUCACAGUGGGUCCAUUGCUGGCAAGAGGCUCUGCCCUCAGAACUCCCAGCCAAAUGUACUAUACUAAAAUAUGGCACAUGAUGCACAUAUCAGAAUACCUUUUUGUAAAGAGAAAAGCAGAUGAGUUAUUACUUUUUUUGUUGCACAUAGUUUAAAAAUAACAAUGGGAAAGCGUUCUAAAUGUUGCUACACAGUUUGAUUUAAUUUCAUUUAUAAUAGUUGAACAAUACUAAGGUUUUCUGUCACUGUAUAAUGCCUUUGUCUUCAAUAAUAAAUUGAUGAGUUACUUCUGGUAUUGGGAGUGGGGGCAGGAAAGGGAAAUGGUGUUAAUGUUUUUAAAUAGUGUUAGUUUAACAGCAGUUUACUCACUUUUUUUUUUUAAUCUUUGUAUUUGAAAAGAAUAAGAUUCAACCAUUUUCAUUGUUCAGUUUCAAAUCUAUAAAAGAGAAAUUAUUUUCUGGAGUGCACUAGACCAUGUAACUGUGAUGGAGUGUAAAAGUUACUUGUCAAAUUUUAUACUGACAAAGUGAAAGUGGAAAUAUGUGACUAAAUUGUGAUAAUCAGACUUUUUCUGAACAGAUUACUAUCUGGAUCUUCUAAAAUAAAAUAUGUAACUUUUUUGGUAAA